AUGAAGACCUACAUGCCGCAUCCUCGCAAACGGGCAGGAAUAAGAGGCGGCCCGGGUAUGGACUCCCAGCAGCAACAGUACUGCCUAAAAUGGAACAGCUUUGGUUCAAACCUGGCCACUUCGUUUGCGAAUUUGUGGAAUUCAGAGAGCCUCGCCGAUGUCACUCUGUAUUGCGAAGGACGCCAAUUCAAAGCUCAUAAGGUGAUCCUUGCAGCAUGCAGUAAGCAUUUCCAAGAGCUAUUUGACUCAGCACCCCCUAGUCAUGUGGGCGCGUGCUACGUCAUUCUGGAAGCCACUACGGCUGAGAACAUGCAGGCUCUCCUCGAGUUCAUGUACAAAGGAGAGGUGCAUGUCAGCCAGGAUGCGCUUUCCAGCUUCCUCAAGAGUGGGGAGAAUUUGCAGGUCAAAGGCCUGUCGAUGGAGAUGUCUCAGGAUGCUUGGGUUAAGCAACAGACCCAGCAGAACUCUGGAGACCGCCAUCAGACUCGCAUAAAGACCAGUCCGGUGUCAGGGUCAGGCAACUGUGAGGUGCAGGAGUCAGCUGCUCCCUCCUCUCAUACAGCCACGUUUGCUCCGAUCAUGCCGCAGUAUGGUAUGCCAAUUCAUGGCAGCGGCAGUAUGGGGCGGUAUGCCCCGCCGGCGCACUUGCCUAUCCACGCUGGUGGACACCGCAGACCAGCGCCACCAAAGCCGUCUCCGUCUCAAAGCCCACACGCAAGGAAUUACAGGCAAAGUUCAUCUUCUUCGCACUGCGGCAGCGUUGCUGACGAGCCCGACACUCGUUCGUCGCCAGGAGCUGGUGCCCGCUACGAAGAGAACCCCCCUGACUGCACAUCGACCCACGGCAACCCAAUCAAGAACAACGGAUACGAACGCAGCGCUUCGGCCAACGACGACAUGCCUGAACGCUUAAACAAUGACCAAGGUGCUGAAGAUUUACGGAUAAAGAGUGAGAAUGACUACCAGCCGCAAGCAUAUAACAACUCUCCGCCACCCGCGACGUCGCUACCGAAUGCUAACUACCACGAUAAGCCAAUGGAGACGUCGCCAGUGCCGCCUAAACCGAGCCCUGAUAUCUGGCCCACGAAACUGCUCACAAGCAAGUCUGGUGGAAUCGCUACUGCUGACGGUAAAAAGCUGAAAUGCCCAUAUUGCGAGAGACUUUACGGAUACGAGACGAAUCUGCGCGCCCACAUCAGGCAACGGCACCAGGGCAUCCGAGUGCCGUGCCCUCACUGCUCGCGUACCUUCACACGCAACAACACCGUGCGGCGCCACAUUGCACGCGAGCAUCGCCAUCAGGUCACCCCUCACCUCCCCAACCAAGGCCCCCUCCAUAACCAUACGCAGUAA